AUGUGUUCCGCAGACAUCUUCCUCGGCCUCCUGGCCCUCCUCUUCCCGCCUCUCCCAGUCUGGGUAAAGCGCGGUAUUUGCGGCGCAGACUCAAUAAUCAACAUCCUCCUCUGCCUCCUAGGCUACAUCCCAGGCCUCAUCCACGCCUGGUACAUCAUCGCCAAAUUCCCCGAGCCAGACUACGAAUACGAGUCCGUCCCGCAACAGGACCGCGAGGGCGGCCGCGUCACCUACGUCUUUGUCCACGGCAACGGUCCCAACGGAAACGGUCCUCACACCCAGCAGCCGCGCCAGCAGCCCCGCCCCUCGCAGCACGGCGGCAAGGGUAACGGCGCCGUCGGAUACGGUACCACGAACAACAGCAGCAACAACAACAACAACAACAAUGCUGGCGGUUCGUCGAGACAGCAGCAGCAGCAGCAGCAGCAGCAGUUCUCUGCGCAGCAGGGUGGCGCCGGCGAGGGAAGCAGCGAUGGUGCUGUGCCGCCUAGCUAUGCUGAGGUCGUGGCUGGCGACAACAAGAUUCAGACUCGGGAUUAG